AUGGAAAGCGCGACAGCAUCUCCCGAGCCCGAGUCCUCGUCGCGUCGCCGGUCCGGACGCGUCGUGCGAGCCCCCGAGAAGUUCAGCCCGGAGCCUGUGACCGCACCAAAGCGCAAGAGAGGCCCCGAUCACGAUGAGGACGACGAAGAAAAUGACGAUAACGAGCCCCUGUCCGAUGCCACGAUGACCGAUGGCGACAGCGCCGACGAACGUCCCCGCCCUAGGCCCAAGAAGCGAUCUGCUGCUGCACAAGGAAACCGCGUAAAGAAACCCGCCACUAAGAAGCCAAAGACCAAUGGUGUAGGCCCAUCUGGUCACCCCGCGAGCCUGCCAUCACGUCCCAAGAAGACGGUCAGAAUCGCUGCCGUCGACAAGGAAGGCAGUGGCCUAUAUGCGGAGGUCUUUGGCUCUGGUUUGCCCUCUGAACACGUUGCGGAUAAAUGGCAAGAGAGGUAUCAAAGGAAUGAUGCCCUCGCCAUUGUCGAACUAGUCAACCUCGUCCUGCAAGCAUCUGGCUGCGACCUCGAGAUCACUGAGGACGAUGUUCGUGACCCUGACAACUGUCAAGCUCGUCUUACUGAGCUUCAAGAUCUUUUCCAGGAGAAUACCAAAGCCUUCCGUGACCUUCUCACAGGCUUUUUCAAAUCUGUCGUCCGCAGUGUUCACGAUACAGAUGUCCUCUACAACGACCAGACUCUGAUGGAGAACCUUGUGCGCUGGAUAGCAUCCAUGUCAACUUCGUCGCUUCGUCCCUACCGUCACACAGCUACUACAGUCAUUCUCUCCCUGGUGUACGGGCUGAUCGAGGUCGCUACAACCCUUGAUGCGCGCAUCACGGCAAUUGAACAGCAGGUUGCUCAAGCCAAGAGAGGCAAGAACAAGGCAAAGCUUGCAGAAAUGCAGCACAGCCUUGACGAGGCCAACAACAACAGAGAGCUGUGCGGCCACCAUAUCAAGGACUUCUUCGAUACCACGUUUAUCCACAGAUACCGAGAUAUUGAUCCACGUAUCCGGACAGAAUGUGUCGAAGCACUGGGAUCCUGGAUCCUGGGUCUUCCCACAGUCUUUAUGCAGCCGGAAUACCUUCGUUACCUGGGAUGGAUGCUUUCUGACACGGUUGCUUCCACGCGACAGGAAGUCUUGAGACAACUUGCACGUAUUUUCAGACGUGGUAUCUCACAACUUGGCCACUUCAUUGACCGAUUCCGCCCUCGCCUCAUUGAAAUCGCGACGAAGGACGCUGAGGUUUCCGUGCGCGUGGCAGCCGUGAGCGUCAUUAAUGUUCUCCGGGAUGCCGGAAUGCUCGAACCGGAAGAAAUGGAUACCAUUGGCAAGUUGAUAUACGACAGCGAUAUCCGAAUUCGUAAAUCAGUCGUGAGCUUCUUCGUGUCUUGCGUUGAAGACUUCAUCACUACCAAAAUGGAGGAACUCGGCGGCCAGGAUGCGCUAGAUGAAGUUUUCGGCGAGAUUGAAGAGGACGACUACGACUCGCCUCGCAGCACGUGGGUCAACAUCAAGUGCUUGGCAGAGACACUUGCGGCAUACGACGAACAGCUUGAGGGUGAACAACAAGACGCGAACCCUCAAGGUCUAGCCGUAGCCGCCGACGUUCUUCAAGCAAGCGUGCCUGAUACUAGGAUAUCACUCGCUGCUCAGGUGCUCUUCGACAAGGUUCCGUUCGUCAAGGAGUGGGAAGUCCUGUCCGGCUAUCUGCUUUACGAUCAUACCGUCAGUUCCAAGUCAAGAUCCAAGAGUGCCUCUACGGAAACGGCCUUUAAGAAAGCUGUUGGUCCUGUGGGUUCUGAGGAGGCCAUUCUUCUGGAGGUUCUCGCUUCUGCAGUAAAAAUGUCCUUGUUACAGUCGGCAGAAGCUGAAAAGGCUAGGAAGAGGGGCGGACGCUCCGAAGUCGCCGAGGCACAAGAAGACACUGCUCUGGAUCUCGCGACGGCCAUCCCUCAACUUCUCAACAAGUUCGGGGCUGAUCCUGCCACGGCGACUAUUGUUCUCAGAAUGGAGCACUUUCUUGACCUUGAGGUUUUCCAAACAUUGCGGCAGGAUUCGACAAAAUACGAGAAGCUGCUGGAUGAGAUCAGCACUCAAUUCAACAGACACGAUGAUAAGAGAGUCAUUGCCGAAGCGGCUGCUGCUCUUCUUCAUUCUCGACAAUAUGAAGAGCUUGAGGAACUCACUGAUGGAAAGCUUGCUGUGCUAUGGGAGAAUGUCAUUACAACUUUACGUGGCUUCGACAAGACAUGUGAGCUUUCCAUCAGAGGCAAUCUUGAGGCAGAGCAUCUCACAGCGCUGUCUACUGUUCUUAUGAAAAUUAGUGAGCUAGCUCGCAUCUCUGACCCUGUCGAGAUCCUGGAGGCCGAAGGUCGGGCGGCCGAUUCAAUGUCGUCGUCGAUCGAGAUCCUGAUCAACAUCGCCAACCGCGGCACGUUCGAUGACCCCAACGAGGAAUUGGACGACUUGGAAGACGAGGUUGCGUCCUUUGCGAUUAAAGCCACCCAGUUCUACUUCAUGUGGAAGGUAAAGAGCCUCGAAAAAGUCAUUCACAGCGGUGCCGAGAUCUCCGAUACUGUUGUGGAUGAGUUAUCCGUCUUGCGCAAAAAGUACGAUACCAACUUGAUCAAGACUCUUUCGUCGCGAGCCGUCAUUGAUGACACUCGUCUUUUUGCCGCUGGCGCCCUAUGCGACGUUCACGUUCUUUUCGGCACUCUGCGCAACUUUGUUGAGCCCACUCGCGGCACCGCGACGUAUAGGAAGCUUGCGGGCCUCAUGCGUGAACUUGAGCCGAGGCUCUUACCGGAGCUCAUUUCCAUCUACGACGGUAUCGAGAAGAGCUACGCGAAGAGAACGAAGAAGACGCUCAACGAGCCGGCGGAUGACGAGGAGCCCAUGGAUGAUGAUGAUUCUGACGAUGAGGAAGACGACGAUGAGACUCUUAGCUUUGAAGAGCGUCUCGCUCUGGAACUCAAGUCCGAGAAGGCUCUUUGCGAGCUGGCAGCCAAGUACGUCUUGGCUGUCGUGCAAAAGGUCCUGGACCAGUCAGGUCCCCAUGCCGGAAAACUUCGCAAGCGGCUCCUUCGAAAUCAGACCCGGCUGGGGAAAAAUUUUAGCGAAGUCGUUGCUUUCCUCGACGAGAACAAAGUCCGAGAACAUCUUUACGGCAAGAAGCAGGCUCAACGGGCAAAGACUGCCGCGGCGAAGCCAGCAUCCAAGAAGCCAGCGCGGAGUGAGGAAGUUGUCGUCGAAGAUGAAGAAGAAGAGGACGGGCUUGAGGAGCCCGAGCCGGAGCCGGAAGAGGGUUCAAGAGAAGACCUACGCCGGCGCGAACUACUGGAGGAGGAAGAGGAAGAAGAAGAGCCGGAGCCAGAGGAAGCUCCAGCUAAUAAUGAUGCCGAUGACGACGAUGUAUUGGGUGACUAG